AUGGUUAGAAUGAGUGUCGAACAAUUCGAGGAAUUACAUCAAUUAAUAAGACACCGAUUACAAAAGCGAAGUUUAAGAAGGCCAUUAUCCACGAGACUUCGUUUGGCUGUCACUUUGUGUAUUCUUGCCCAUGGUGACAGCUUUUACACUACUAGCAACUUUUUCCGAAUUGGUUUAUCGACUUCCUACAGUAUUAUCCAAGAAGUUUGUCCGAUCAUCUGGGAAUGUCUUCAAGUUUUGUAUUUAAACGGAAAUUUGACUUCUGAUCAUUGGAAAGUAAAUGCUCAAGGUUUUAGAGUUAAAUGGGACUUACCGAAUUGCAUUGGUGCAAUGGAUGGCAAAGAAAUUGCCAUAAAAAGACCAGACAAUCAAGGGAGCCGUUAUUUUAACUACAAAAAAUUUCACAGUUUCAAACUUAUGGCUAUGUGUGAUGCUUUUUCUCGUUUUACGUGGGUAGAAAUUGGAGAUUAUGGUGGUGUAAGUGCCGUUUCAAGCUUCCAACGUAGUGAAUUUUAUAGACGUUUAGAAAAUAAUUUGGCUAAUAUACCAAAUCCAACAAACCUACCACAUUCAAAUGAAAUGACAACUUAUUUUAUAAUUGGUGAUGGAAUUUUCACACUAAGACCUUAUAUGAUUAUCAAGAGCACGACAAACUAUAGAAUGCGCAUUUGGAAUUCUAUCCUCUCGAUGGCAAAUAUUGCAGAAUAA